UCAGAUAUACAUAUUAUAUAUUUGAAACAAAAUGAUAAGCAAUAGGCAUUUGCGUAGACUCCGAAAGAGGGAAAGGGAAGCUAACCUUGAAAAGUUAGCGCUUUGCAGUGAAGGAAAAGUGAUAGGAAAAUUGGAAGAAAAAGAAUUGGGUGAAACAGGAAUUCAGAUAGAAGGGAAGGAAUUAGCUUAUGAAAAUACCGAGAUUCAGCCAAACAAAUCGCCAUUAAAUGAUGAACUUAGUCAGUGCUUUAUAAAGCAAAGUCCAAAGCGUGCAUGUGUAUCACCAAAAAAAGUUAUGGGCUUUUCCAUGCCAAGCAAUGAAAAUGAGGAAGGUAAAACAUGCUCGGACGUUUUAGAUGAGCUCAAAAAAACAACCGAAACUCUGCAAUUGGAGAAUGCAGCUAUUCGUGAAACUCUGCAAUUGGAGAAUGUAGCUAUUCGUGAUCAACUAAAAAAAGUGCUCCAAAUUUUGGCUGAUCAAACUGUUUUGAUCAAACAGCUGGUCAAGGAGAAAGGGGAAAUGAAUCCCAUUCGGGAACAUUUCCCAAUCAAAUCUGAGGAGCAGUUAAUAGAAUUGGAGGAAAAAAUAAAAUUAAAUAGGAGCAUUUAUAUAACAGCAAUGAAAUCAGUUCUGCAGCCAACUGGCGUUUUAAGCAGUUUAAGCUUUAUUAUGAGCGAGGAAAUCGUUCUGGCAUAUAAUGUCGAUGGGGUCCAAGGGAAGAAGGCACUUAGGUCCCACAAGGAAUUUUUUUCAGCUUUGCUAGAAUGUAUUACGCCUGGAGAGGAGAACCCCGAAGGCAUUUUACGGAAAGCAAUGCAGAGGAUGGAAGAGAAGUUUUUCAAAAAGAAAUGUAUGGAAAUGGACUAGUCUAAGCUACAUACAAUUUAAUAUUAUACGUUUAUAUUGGAA